GAUAGUACACUUCUCUCUCCGUCCUUGUUGCACAAUGCGUGUUCCUCGGUUCCUCCGUCUCCCUUGCGCUUUCUUCUCACGUUGAUGGAAAAAAGCGGACAAAACAACGACAAACAACAACAGCCAGAUUUCAUACGUGAGAGGACACGGGAAGGUGCUAUCGCAGUGUUAACGUGUACCAGUGUGUCGUGAGUGUGUGCGGCAAGGUCACAUCUCGGAGCGGUCAUGUUGAUGUUACAGUGAUUUGUGAUACCCUCUGAAGGAUAAGGACCAGUGCGCAGACAAGAAGAACCCGGAGUGAAGAAAAAAGCCAACAACGGCACGCAUAAAUUCGGCUGUAUGCUCGGCCGAGAGGGAGAGAGAGCGCGAGAGAUGCGGGGGCAUGUGGGAGUGGGAGAGAGAGCGAAGAUGCCGCCAUGUUGAAUACCUCGCUAGCCUAGGCCCAUCUAUUUGCGGCCAUAAAAUCCGCCGGGGGGCCCGGAGCGGUGGGGAGGCGGGGAGGGGGGCCGGGCGGCCGCGGCUCGGCGGACUGCGGUCAGUGCCAGUGCAGCUCGAGAGCUAGACGCGGACGGGACGGUGAUGUUCAGAGUGUGCGAGUGCGCGGCGUGACCAUGCGCUGGUCCGUGAGCCCGUGGUGGGCUCUACUCGUGGUCGUGGCGUCGGUGACGGCCCAGGAGCCCACGGCACAGAUGCAGUCGAGGGCGGUGGACACGCGGGUGCAGCUGGAGAUACUGGAGGGUCAACCGAGAGGGACUGUGGUGGGCAAUAUCCCCGUCAAGAGAGGGUUCACCUACAGGUUCAACGAGCCUCCGAGGGAGUUCGUCAUGAACGCGACGACCGGGGAGAUCAGGACGACGGCGGUGCUGGACCGGGAGACGCUGACGAACGACAGAUACGACCUGGUGGUGUUGUCCAGCCAGCCGACCUACCCCAUCGAAGUGAGAAUAGUGGUGGUCGACGUGAACGACAACGCGCCGGAGUUCCCGGAGCCGAGCAUCGUCGUGUCGUUCUCCGAGAGUUCGGCAGCCGGGACACGGCUACUCCUGGACGCGGCCACUGACAGAGACGUGGGAGUGAACGGUGUGUCAGACGACUACAGGAUAGUGGCGGGCAACAAGGACGACAAAUUCAGGUUAGAGGUGACAGUGAAUCCCGGGGGUGAUACGUCUUAUCUACAUCUGCAGACGACGGGCAAGCUGGACAGGGAGACCCGCGCUUUGUACCAACUGAACAUCUCGGCGCGGGACGGCGGGAGUCCUCCUAGGUUCGGGUACCUCCAAGUGAAUGUCACGAUUCUAGACGUGAACGACAACCCUCCGAUAUUCGAUCACAGUGAUUACAUAGUCUCUCUGAACGAAAGUGUUCCUCCAGGUACAGUGGUAGUCAAAGUCAUGGCUUCCGACAGUGAUAUAGGUGAUAAUUCGAAGAUAACGUACUUUUUAUCCGAUUCUGAAAGAAAGUUCGCUGUGGAUCCGGAGACGGGUGUGAUAACCACAUCGGAGCCACUGGACUGUCCCCAUCAGAACUGCCCUCAGAUAUCACAGGCCAAGCCGGGCGGAGGAUGUCCCAAGAGUUGUGUGUUCACGGUGUUCGCGCGGGACCACGGGUCUCCGAGGCAGGACGGAAGGACGUAUGUGACAGUUAACCUAGUGGACGCCAACGAUCACGAUCCGGUCAUCAAGUUCCGUUAUUUCCCGUCGACCGCGGGGUUCGCGACAGUCGACGAGAACGCCUCCAACGGCUCCGUUGUGGCGGCCGUCUCCGUAGUGGACAUGGACGAGGGGCUCAACGGUGAGACCAGGGUGGAGAUCAAGUCCGGUAACGAGAGAAAUCACUUCAGACUGGAAUUCAGCGGCAGUUUUGAUAUAGUGCGAGUGAACGGUGUCCUAGAUCGCGAACACAUAAACAAGUACAACCUGACGAUAGUGGCUACUGAUAAGGGAUCUCCACCGAGGACGGCCACAUCGUUCCUCAUUAUCCACGUCAACGAUGUGAACGAUCACGAGCCCGUGUUCGAGAAAAGUGAAUAUUCUGCGAUCUUGAGUGAGUUAGCGCCACCAGGUACCUAUGUAGCGGGAAUCACGGCUACAGACGAGGACACUGGAGUGAAUGCACAAGUUUAUUACGCGUUUGUGUCCGGUAACGAUCAUCAGUGGUUCGAGAUGGAUAUAGAUUCCGGUCUGAUAACGACCAAGGCCCCACUGGACAGAGAAGUACAAGGUACGGUAGAACUAAGGAUAUCGGCUAGAGACGGUGGACCUAAUCCGAAAUGGGCGUACACUCAGCUCAAAGUAAUUAUUUUAGACGAAAAUGACGAAAAGCCGCAGUUUUCACAACAGAGAAUUAAUGUGAGCUUGUCCGAAAGUACGCCUCCCAAUACAUUAGUAGCGAUGUUAGCAGCUACAGACCACGACCAGGGUACUAACGGUAGUGUUACAUACAGUUUACAGUCACAAGUACAACAAAAGUAUCCAGGAAUGUUCGGCCUAGACCAGUUAACGGGACAGUUGACGAUAAAAACAAAAUUGGACCGGGAAGCGAUACCUCAUUAUGAAAUUAGGGUCGUGGCGAAGGACCAAGGCACGCCUCCUCAAUCGUCAACGGCUACCGUGUUUCUCGCCGUGCAAGAUGUCAAUGAUAAUAGUCCCGAGUUUUACCCUCUACAGUAUUUUGUUCAGGUCAGUGAGGAUACAUCUGUGGGGACUUCCCUGCUGCGAGUGACGGCUACCGAUAAAGAUGAAGGCGAAAAUGCCGCCAUUCGCUUCGGAAUCGAAAGUGGUAGUGAGGGAAUGUUUCAGAUCGAUGACAGGACUGGUGUUAUUUCUCUGAAAGCGAGUUUGAUAAAUUCACAGAAAGUGCUUUAUAGAUUGAAAAUAUCCGCUAAGGACCGUGGUGACAGGAAAGCUAUUGAAGAUGCAGUUGUUGAAAUUAUCAAAGACACCCACAUUGAAACAAUAGAAUUCGAUUCGUUCGGAGGUUAUAAUUUCCAAAUACCGGAAGAUCACGACAAAAGAGAACCUUCAAUCGGCAGAGAAGUGGGAAGAGUGCAAAUAAGAUCAUUAGAUUUCCAACAAAAUCUUGAAAGAUACUCGAUCGUGUACGGCGAUCCUAACAAGAGUUUUCGAAUAGACGAGAGAACUGGUGUCAUAACGACAGCCAAUAGGAUCGAUCGAGAGUUCAUGUCUGUGUACAGCUUGACAGUGGCCGCCAGGUCCGGCUUGUCUUACGGUAAAACGACGGUAAACAUCAGUAUUCUGGACGAGAACGACAACCAGCCGGUGUUCACGAAGGACAAGGACGAGGCGAGACUGGCAGAGAACGCUGCGGUGGGACAAGAGGUCUACCUGGCCCGUGCGAGAGACAGAGACGCCGGACUCAACUCCAGGGUCACCUACAGCCUCAGUUUCAACCCGGACGAUCAGUUCAGGAUAGUGGAAGCGACAGGUGUGAUAUACUUGAACAAGCCGAUCCGCGCCGACCCGGGAACCUCUUUGAGCCUGGAAGUGACGGCCACCGACUCCGGCCAGCCUCCGUUGUCCGCGCGGCACGUCAUCGUGGUCACCGUGGACGACGUCAACGACCAUACACCCGUCUUCGACCACACGUCCUACGAGACCUCGCUCCUAGAAUCCACUCCGGUCAACGACAGAUUCUUCGUGCUCUCGGCGUCAGACGCCGACCUCGGAGUGAACGGGCUGGUGUCGUACGCCAUCACGGAGGGAAAUGCCGAGGACAAGUUCGGAGUGUUUCCUGACGGAUACAUGUACGUGAAAAGUCCUCUGGACAGGGAAGAGAGAGACUAUUAUUCGCUGACUGUGACAGCUAGUGACAAAGGUGACCCACCGAGAAGUUCAGUAGUGCCUGUGGUGAUUCACGUGAUCGAUGAAAACGACAACCGGCCAGAAUUCACCAACUCCACGUUUUCGUUCCACAUAAGAGAGAACGAGCCUCCCGACUCGUUUGUCGGUAAGGUCGCUGCCACCGACAGUGACAUCGGCCGCAACGCCGAGCUGACCUUCUCGUUGUCCAACGGUAAACAGGACUUCGCGAUCGAUCCCAAGAACGGAUUUAUCAAGACACUCCACGUGUUCGAUCGUGAGGAAUUACUGGAAACGACGGGUCAGAGCUACGUCACGCUUGAGGCCAUUGUUAGCGACAACGGAAUAACGAGGCACAGAGAUAAAGUGAAAGUCAAUGUUUAUGUGACCGACGUGAACGAUAACGCUCCCGAGUUCCUGCGGCAGCCGUACAGAGUUCAGAUAUCGGAGGGAUCUAGUGUGGGCACGCAAGUGCUAAGAGUGUUCACCACGGACGCUGACGAGGGGCUCAACGGAGACGUGUUCUACACUCUCGCUGAAGGCAACGAGGAGGGGAAGUUCGCGGUAGACGAGGCCACAGGACAGCUGAUCAUCGCAAAGUUCCUGGACAGAGAGACGACCUCGCAUUUCUCUCUGACGGUAGUGGCACACGACGCCGCCAUCUCCGGCAGACUGAGCGCCACGACUACGGUUCUGGUGGACAUACUGGACGAAAACGACAACGCACCGAUCUUCACACACUCCGAGGCCAAGAUAUCGGUCCUGGAAAAUGCCACUGUGGGUACCAAACUGAUUCAGUUCGAGGCUACUGACGCCGACGUGGGAGUGAACAGCGAGGUGGUGUUUUCGAUAAGCUCCGGCAACAGGAAAGACACGUUCCACGUCGACCCGGCCAGCGGAACUCUUUAUCUCCACAAGCCACUGGAUUACGAAGAGCUCAGUUCGUAUGUCCUCAACAUAACUGCCUCGGACGGGGGAAAUCCGAGACUCUCAACUGCGAUCGUGUUCACCGUGUCGGUGGAAGAUUGCAAUGAUAAUCCCCCCGCGUUCACCAACACCGCGAUCGUGCGCCAGAUCCGAGAGUGCAUCCCCAUAAACACACCGAUAGUGACAGUGACCGCGGAGGACCCGGACUCGGGCAUCAACGGCAAGAUAGCCUACGCCAUAUCCAAACAGGAACCGGAGGAUCCACUACAUCCGGGCAUCCUGCACUUCCAGAUCAAUCCGAAGACGGGAGUCAUCUUGACGCAGUUGCCGAUCGACCGUGAAGCCGUGGACACCUUCAGGUUGACGGUGGUCGCCACGGAUCAGGCUCUCCCGGAGUCGUCUCGUCUGUCGGCAGAGAAGCUUGUCACCGUCAUAGUGGAGGACGCCAACGACAACGCUCCCAUGUUCGUAUCCAUGAACGCCGCAAUCCUGCCUACCCCACAGAGAACGUCUUACCACGGUCGCGACGGCAUGCAAGUCAUGACCGUGUUCGCCAGAGACCUGGACUCCAGCACGAACGGCUUGGUGACCUACGACCUGGUGACCGGCAACACAGAUUUGUUUCGACUCCACCGCAGCACGGGAGUGGUGACUCUCCGACGCUACAUCCCGGACCCCGAGCCCAAGUACCAGAUCUCCGUGAAGGCGACGGACGAAGCGGUCCAGUCGGACAGGAAGUCCACGGACGCGUACAUCACCGUGAUCGCGCUGGGGUCGGGCCCGGGGCCGGUGUUCGAAGAUGACGAGGCCGCCGGUAGUGUGUACGAGAACGAGCCUCCCGGUACCAGUGUGUUGACAGUGACGGCGAGUCUGAGAGACCAGGCUCAGGCGGAGAUAGAAUACUAUGUGACCAAUGUGACGGGCGAGGGAGGACGUCAAGCCGACCGACUGUUCGAUGUGGAUCCUAGGCUAGGGAUAGUCUCCACGGCCGAGGUGCUGGACAGGGAGGCUGGCCCUGACUGGUACGACGUGGAGAUCUACGCUAUCGUCCUCAACUCCGCCACUCCUCACACUGGACAAACUAAGAUCCGCGUGAAAGUGUUAGACAAGAACGACAGUCCUCCGUCGUUCCAGGAGAUGCCACACGAGUACUCCGUGUCUGAAGACCUGCCGGCGGGUCAGGUGGUGGCUACCCUGAGGGCUUCCGACCCCGACACCCCGGGAACCCUCUCCUACGCCGUGGUGUCCGGGGACGAAGGUCGUUUCGAGCUGGACUCGUCCACAGGAACUCUCCGCCUCCGUGACUCUCUGGACCGCGAGACUAGAGACACCUAUCGACUACAGGUCAAGGCCAGUGACGGUGUUCAGAGUGCAGAGACCAUCAUUACCAUCCGAGUGACGGACACGAACGACAACCCCCCGGUGUUUACGGAGGCUUCCUACUCUUUCGACGUGACCGAGAACUCCAGCCGAGGAUCCAGGGUCGGCCAGGUGGUCGCUCACGACGAAGACCAGGGAGUCAACGGUCUGGUGACCUACACCGUCAUCUCGGACUGGGCCAACGACGUGUUCUCGCUGCACCCUCAGACCGGGAUAUUCACCCUCACCGCCAGGCUCGACUAUGAGGAGGUUCAGCACUACAUCUUCGUGGUGCAGGCGCAGGACACCGGCAGACCCAGUCUCUCCUCGACCCUCACCGUCUUCUUCAACGUCCUCGACCUCAACGACAACGCGCCCCUCUUCGACCCCAUGAGCUACAGCAACGAAGUCUUCGAGAACGUCCCGAUCGGAACCAGUGUGGUGUCCGUCACCGCUACAGAUCUCGAUUCCGGUGAAAAUGGUCGGCUUGAGUACACGAUCGUGUCAGGGGACGACGAGGGAGUUUUUGACAUCGAAGCUGACAAUGGAACUAUCCUGACUCGGCGGAGCCUGGACCGCGAGACCAAGUCCUUGUACAACCUGGUGAUAGCUGCCACAGAUCAAGCUCGACCCCGGCAGCAAGCUCUGUCCUCCACUGUCCAAGUGAGCAUCGUACUGAAGGAUGUGAACGACAUGUCGCCAGAGUUCAUCACCCCUAACGAGACGGCUGUACCGGAGAACAUCCCCAUGAACACGGUGGUGCUGGCUGUCAAGGCCGUGGAUCGCGACGAGGGGAGGAACAGCUACAUAGAGUACUCGCUGAGCCCUGACUCCGCGGUGGCCGGAGUGUUCUCCCUGGGUCCGGUGGACGGGCUGCUGAGGGUGGCGGGUCGACUGGACCGUGAGACUCGCGCCAACUACACCCUGGAGAUCCGAGCCAAGGACAGAGGCGACCCGCCGAGAGCGACGAAAACCAACAUCUUCAUCAGAGUACUCGAUGAGAACGACAACAGUCCUGUGUUCGACCCCAAGCAGUACUCGGCUUCUGUUGCCGAGAACGCUAGUAUCGGCGCUUCAGUAUUGCAAGUGUCCGCCACGGACGUGGACGAAGGUCUGAACGGUCGGGUGAGGUACGCCAUCGUGGCCGGCGACGACAACCGGGACUUCAGCAUCAGCGAAGAUACCGGCGUCGUCCGCGUCGCGAAGAACCUCAACUUCGAGCGUAAGAGUCGCUACGUGCUGACCGUGCGGGCCGAAGACUGUGCGGGCAAUUCGGAAGAGUCGGUGCGUCACGAUACCGCCAACAUCUCCAUAUCCAUCAUCGACAUCAACGACAACCCACCGACCUUUCUGGACUCCCCGUACGUCGCCUACAUCAUGGAGAACGUGGUGCCUUCACCCAGUGGCUACGUGCUGACGGUGAGGGCGUACGAUGCCGACACUCCUCCCUUCAACGGCCAGGUCCGCUAUUUCCUCAAGGAAGGGGACGCAGAUCUGUUCCGCAUCAACGCCUCCACGGGGGAGAUAUCUCUCUUGAGGGCCUUGGACAGAGAGUCACAGCCGGAGUACAUCCUCACUCUCGUCGCCAUGGAUACUGGCACACCACCGCUGACGGGGGCGGGCGUAGUCCACGUCAUCGUACAAGAUGUCAACGAUCACAGCCCGGAGUUUGAGCGGCAAGUCUACUCUGUCACGGUGCGAGAGAAUCUCCCCCCGAACACUUCUGUGCUCCAGACUCGAGCCCUAGACAAAGAUACUGGACUGAACGCCAAAAUCAGGUACAGCUUGCUGGGAGAUAACGUGGAAAGGUUCACUGUAGACAGUGACUCGGGAAUGGUCUCCACAGCAGUUUCUCUGGACCGAGAGGAAGCAAGUGUCUACUACCUCACUCUGGUUGCCCAGGACUGUAGUGUCACGGAACCUAGAGCCACCGCAGUCAACCUUACAGUCACAGUUACUGAUGAGAACGACAAUGCUCCUCAAUUUCCUGUCUCCAGCUACGUUGUACACAUUCCAGAUCAUACUUUGCCAGGUCAAUUUGUGUUUGGUGCCAAAGCAGUUGACGAAGAUGAUGGUGAAAACAGCCACAUUGUCUACUUCCUCAGUGGUGAAGAUGUUUCAAAGUUCACAAUGAACAAAGAAACUGGAGUGAUCAAAGCUGCACGAGAACUGAGACUAGAGGACAAUGGUGGAGGAGAUGAUACGGUCUAUAAACUUCAGAUCCAAGCAACCGACGGUGGUAAGGAACCGAAGUCAGCUUCAGCAGAAUUGAUUGUCAAACUCUGGCCAAGACACCUAUUCCCUAUCAUAACAGCACCAACAGAUACCAAGUUCACUUUGUCAGAAGAUGUUGCAGCCGGAAGGGUCAUUACGAAACUGAGUGCUUCUUCUCCCAAACUCGGAGCUGUUGGAGGAGUCAGGUUUGCUAUUGCCGGUGGAAACAUCGGAGAUGCACUUAGAAUGGAUGCCAACACUGGAGAAGUUCUGGUAUCUGGAGGUGGACUGGACUAUGAAACCGCUCCUCAAUAUGAAGUCUGGGUGGAGGCAAGAGAUUCAGAUAAUCCUCCUCUCAGAACGGUCUUGCAGCUGAUUAUCAAUGUUACUGAUGCAAAUGACAAUCCUCCGGUUAUGGAAUCGAGUCUUUACAACCCCAUGAUUCUUGAGGAAGAACCACCUCCACAGAAAGUAAUAAGAGUUAAAGCCACGGAUGCAGACUCAGGAAUGAACGGAAGAGUAACUUACAGGCUCAGUAACGAUGGAGAUGGAGCGUUUUCUCUAGAUACGGAAACUGGUGAUAUUUUUACAAAUUACAGACUGGACAGAGAAUCUGUUUCAAGCUACCAGUUAACAGUUGAAGUUUUGGAUCAAGGCGUGCCUCAAAUGACGGGUACUUCGACCGUCCUAGUUACUGUUUUAGAUAAGAAUGACAACCCACCGAGAUUCACCAGACUGUUCAGUGUAAAUGUUACAGAGAAUGCAGAGCCUGGUGCUUUUGUUAUUAGAGUGACAAGCUCAGACCUUGAUAUCGGAGAAAAUGCAAAUGCUACAUACAGUUUUACAGAAAAUCCAGGAAAGAAAUUUGCCAUAGACUCGAGCACUGGUAACGUGACUGUGGUUGGACCUUUGGACAGAGAGACUCAGGAUGAAUAUUUGUUGAAAGUUGCAGCAGUUGACGGAUCAUGGAGAGCAGAAACACCCCUAACAAUCACAAUACAAGAUCAAAAUGACAAUGCACCAGAAUUCGAGCAAUCAUAUUACAGCUUCAAUUUCCCUGAGCUACAGAGGAACGUCAUGUUUGUUGGUCAAGUAAUUGCUGCGGACAGAGAUAAACAAGGUCCUAACUCUGUUAUCUCCUAUUCAUUAAAACAUCCCUCAGAUCUGUUUACUGUUGAUCCUGCUAGUGGGGAGCUGUUUUCAAAAAGAGGACUUCGUUAUAAGUAUACAGCAUUGGAUUCAUCACCCGAAAAUCAAUAUCCUCUUACGGUUCUCGCCACUGAUAAUGGAAAACCACCGAUGUCCUCGGAAUGUCUUGUGACGAUAAACGUGGUCGAUGCCAAUAAUAAUGCACCGAAAUUUGAGAAGAGAGAAUACUUUACGCCUGUUUUAGAAAGUGCUUUUAUCGGCCAAGAGAUUAUUCAAGUACAAGCAAAGGAUGACUUAGAUUUCGGUAUCAAUGCUGAGAUUGAAUACAUGAAAGUCGGAGGAAAUGGCACAAAUAUAUUCAAAGUGGAUAAAUCAACUGGUUGGAUAACAUUAGCAAAGUCUUUGGAUGGCAAUGGAAGAUUGCUGAAGCAGUACACUCUCGUUGUUCGAGCUGUUGAUCAUGGAGUUCCUCCUCAGCAAGACCAAGUCACUGUGAUCCUGGUUGUCACCGGUGAGAAUAGAUACAGUCCAGUAUUUACAGCUUUGAGCUAUCAAGUAAUUGUGCCAGAAAACGAACCGAUCGGAUCAACAAUUGUCACAGUUGCAGCUGCAGACAGUGAUGAAGGACCAAACGGAAUGGUUCGGUUCUCAAUAUCAGGUGGUAAUGUCAAUAAAGAGUUUCAAGUUCAUCCUGUUACUGGUGCAGUUACCAUUCUAAAACCAUUAGAUUAUGAUACUAUUCACGAGUACAAACUUAAUAUUACAGCUACUGAUCUAGGAUUCAAAUCACACCACACUAAGGCCAUGCUUACUGUUAUAUUGACUGAUAUCAACGAUAACGCUCCAACAUUCAAUCAAUCUACAUACCAAGCCUUUAUUGCUGAAAACUCUCCACCGAAAACUUUUGUUUAUAAUGUUUCAGCACAGGAUAUUGAUUCUCCAAAGAAUGCAAUAAUUCAAUACUCGAUUGUUGGAGGAUCAGGAAAAGAUGUUUUUACCAUUGAAAUGAAAACAGGAGCCAUCUACUCUAAAGCAAAAUUUGAUUUUGAAGAAAGAAGUUCGUACACUCUUGAUAUUUUAGCUGUCAAUCCUGAUUCACCCAUGUAUGGUUCAACAAAAGUAAUUGUUUAUAUAACAGGUGUAAAUGAAUACUAUCCUCAUUUUGUGCAGCCAGUAUUUCAUUUUGAUGUUUCUGAGUCUGCUGAAGUAGGUACUAGUGUGGGCAUGAUUCAAGCUACAGACCAAGAUGCAGGAGACGACGGCAAAGUUUAUUAUUUACUUGUGGGUUCCAGUAAUGACAGGGGAUUUUCAAUCAGUCCUGAGUCAGGAAUUAUUUCUGUUUCAAGGAGAUUGGAUAGAGAAACUCAAAAUAGGGUUGUAUUGACAGUGAUGGCCAAAAAUAGUGGUGGAAUUCGUGGAAAUGAUACAGAUGAGGCUCAGAUAAUAAUCUCUAUCCAAGAUGGAAAUGACCCACCAGAAUUUGUUGAAGAAAUGUAUGAUGUUGAGAUAUCUGAAGGUGUUUCCAUCGGAACAAAGGUUAUUUCUGUUCAAGCUAUGGAUAAGGAUGUCAGGCCACAAAACAAUCAGUUCAGUUACUCUAUUAUCAGUGGCAACAUCGGCAAGGCAUUCAAAGUGGACCCACAAACCGGCAUGAUUGAAACAACGCUGCAGCUGGACAGAGAGUCGAGAUCGUUCUACAACUUGAUUCUUGGAGCAAUUGACACAGGAUCACCGCCGGAAACCGGAACCACAGAAGUGAGAAUCGCAGUGAUGGAUGUCAACGACAAUGGUCCGAUAUUUGAUCCUCCUAAUGUCGUGGGUUAUGUCACCGAGAACGAGCCGUCCAACACUAGUGUGAUGAAACUGGCUGCCAUAGAUCCUGACUUGCCACCUAAUGGAGCUCCAUUCACGUACAGACUUGUUGGAGGCAAACAUCGAGACCUGGUUAUGAUUGAACCUAACACGGGCAUUGUCAAAACUACUGAGAUGAUUGAUAGAGAGUCAACUCCUCAACUGGACAUUUUGGUGGAAGUUGAAGACAGUGGGAAGCCCAGGAUGAGAUCACAGCAUCCAAUAACGAUAACUGUACUUGACCAAAAUGACAGUCCAUCUACACCGAGAGCUGUUCACAUUUUAGUCCACACCUUCAAUGAUUUGUUCCCCACCGGAAAGAUUGCUGAUGUUCACCCCAAUGAUCCCGAUACUUCUGGGGAGUAUCAGUGCAAACUUCUCAGCAAUCCCACAAGUCGUGGUAUCUUCAGUAUUCCUGCUGGUUGCAGCCUUCACACGUCCAGAGUGGCUAUGGGUCCAGGCUUUUCUCUCAGUAUUUCUGGCAAUGAUGGAAGACAUCCCGAUGUUGUUUCAAUGGUCUCAAUUGAAUUUCUUUCAUUUGACAAUUCCACUGUGGAAAAUAGUAUCACUAUUCGAAUUGAAAACAUUACUUCUCAUAAAUUUCUUACGAACUAUUACAAAGGCUUUGUAGAUUUAUUAAAAUCGACAUUUGAUGUCGGGGAUUCCCCAUAUUUAUAUAGCAUGCAGGAAAAGGAUAAUGGCUUAGAAAUAGCAGUGGCAGUGAAAGGUGCCAAGGGUUAUCGCAACAAGGCCCAUGUUACAGAUGUGUUGUCAAGAAAACAUGAUGUUAUCCAACAAUUGGUUCAGUCUUCCUUUAUCUCUGUUGGAUACUCUCCUUGCCAAAAUCCUAUUUGUGAAAAUGGUGGAAUUUGUAGUGAUGGAAUCAGAGUGUAUGAAGAAACAAGAAUAACCGAUAGUCAGGCAUUGAUCUUUACUUCUCCUCUAGUCAGCCAUGACUUUGUGUGCCGUUGUGCCGAUAGCUUUACCGGUAAACGCUGUGAACGUCGACAAGAUCCUUGCUCUCCCAACCCUUGCCAGUACGGGGGCUCCUGCAGACGUCAAGGCUUUGACUUCCAAUGCAUCUGUCCUCCUCUUAGAGAAGGACGCCUCUGUGAAUCAGAAAGAAGUGAUGUCUGUAACGGUAAUCCUUGCAAGAACGGAGGAUCUUGUAGAGAAAGUCCUGAUGGUUCUAGUUUCUUCUGUCUUUGCCGUCCUGGUUUCCGAGGUAAUCAGUGUGAAACAAUCGCAGACUCUUGUAGGCCCAAUCCUUGUCUCAAUGGUGGACUCUGUGUCAGUUUGAAACCUGGAUACCGCUGUAGCUGUCCGGACUCCAGACACGGAAGGCAUUGUGAAAAGUCAACCUAUGGAUUCAGAGAACUCUCUUUCAUGACUUUCCCUCCUCUGGAUGCAAGUACCAACGAUAUCUCCAUGAUUUUCUCGACAACAAAGCCAGACUCACUUCUCAUCUACAACUUUGGGGCACAGACUGGAGGACGGUCAGACUUUGUGGCCCUAGAGCUUGUGGGUGGCAGCGCAGUAUUUUCUUACGGAGGAGCGAGGACAGCAAUAACAUCUGUUACUGUCAGUGGAGGAAAACAGUCAUUGGCUUCUGGUGAAUGGUACAAGGUGACGGCUACAAGGAAUGGAAGAGUCAUUUCCCUCAGCAUUGGCUCUUGCACAGAGAAUGGAGAUUUGUGUCAGGAAUGCAAACCUGGAGAUGCUUCUUGUUACGCCAACGAGAUAGGUCCUGCAGGAACGCUCAACUUCAACAGCCACCCGAUGUAUGUGGGAGGAUUGAUGACAGCAGAUCCUAUCCUAGAACGACCGGGACAGGUCCAUUCUGAUGAUUUUGUGGGUUGCGUGCAUAGCGUCGCAGUCAAUGGACGACCUCUCAACCUGACUUCUCCUUUACGUUCCCGCGGAAUAGACCCCACCUGCAGCCGGUCUUCCAGGAGCCUGUGUACCGGAAUCACUUCCAACUUGAUCCCGGACAGCAGUGAGAUAUCUUCACCGAUUCAACAACCAGUUUGUGGACUUUACGGAUCUUGUUACGAUCGUUGGAACUCUGUCUCAUGCAUAUGUGACAAUUCUGACCUUGUUUCACCCAAUUGCAACGAUGCUCUGGAGCCUGUGACACUGACUGAAGGAGGAUUCAUUGAAUUCAAGAUCUCUGAGACCCACCGAAGAAUGCAAUUGUUGGAUACUAUUUAUAAAGGUUCUACCCUGUGGUUCCCUCGGAAUAAUCGCCAAAGAAGGUCCAUUAACUCUCCACUUGGUGCAGCUACCUCGUCUCCUCAGCCUGCUAAAAGUCUCAGCCUCAUGUUUCGUACUCUUAGAAGGGAUGGAAUCAUCAUCUUUUCAGCCACCAACAAGGAUUUCACUUCAGUUGAGCUGGUGGGAGGUCACCUAGUGUACGUCUCACAGCUGGGUUCUGCAGGAUCUCCAGUCAAUAUGACAGUGAGAGACCGAGGCCUUCUGUCCGACUACAACUGGCACAAUCUUACAUUGGUCUCUCACCACCGAGGCAUGAGGCUCAUGCUGGACGGCAAGAAGGUUGGAGAGGAACUCGACUCAGCUGGGAUCCACGACUUCCUUGACCCUUAUCUCACCGACCUUUAUCUAGGAGGCGUUAGGCGAGACGUGUUCCCACAAGACACCGUACCUAUAAGUUUCUCUGGAUGUCUGGCGAAUUUCACAAUAAACAACGAGAUCCAGCCACUGAACGGUUCAGGCAGUGUGUUGUGGGAGGCAGUGCACUACGGACACGUACUGACAGGCUGCUCUGGACUGGUGGGAGUCGGGGAGGCCGUGACCACCGACCCUCUCUCCAUCGGCAUCUCCCUUGUCCUCGUGUUCUUCGUGAUCCUGCUGGUGGCCAUCCUGGUCAGUUUCGUGGUGUUCCGCCUGCGCAAGCAGAAGAAGGAGAAGGGAGGUGGUGGUGUGGUGAUGGCCAAACAGAACGGAGGUGCUACGCUGGUGACAGGAGGAGGUGGAGGUGACACGGUCCGGGCAGGGCUCCACCAGGAGGCUACAGUUCCCAGCUUCAUGACUGACAACGGAGAUGUGAUUCGGGGAGUGGGAGGACACCAUCUGGUUGGACCUGAGUUGAUAUCCAAAAGAUACAAGGACCAGGAGACUGUAGGGGGAGAACAUCAGAGGCCUCAGAGGCCAGAUAUUAUAGAGCGGGAGGUGGUUGGCAAGUCACCCCCACCCAGAGAGGACCACCACCCUCCCCUCCCACUCGCCCACCAUCCACACGAACAACCCUCGGUGGUAGGGGUGGACUCCGAGAUGCCCGAGCACUAUGAUCUGGAGAACGCCAGCUCCAUCGCACCAUCGGACAUUGACAUCGUUUACCAUUACAAAGGUUACCGAGAAGGUGGGAAUUUGCGGAAGUACAAGGCGACACCGCCCCACCUGCCGCCGCCAGGUGCACCAUACCACAAGCAUCAGGCGGCGCAGCAGCACAGGCACUCCCCUCACUUCCCACCUCACGCAAGGGACUCUCCCCGCUCUGUGGUGCCUCCCCCGCCAGUCUCCAGGGUGGACUCUCCCAACAAAACCAGCCUGCAGCACCAGAGCACCCCUCUAGCCAGGCUGAGUCCCAGCAGCGAGCUGUCUCAGCAGAUGCCAAGGAUAUUAACGUUACAGGACAUCAGUGGGAAACCCCUGCAGUCUGCACUGCUGGCAACAACAUCCUCGUCUGGAGGUGUAGGCAAGGACGUGCUGCACAGCAACAGCGAGCGAAGUCUCAACAGCCCCGUGAUGAGUCAGCUGAGUGGGCAGAGUUCCUCAGCCAGUCGAAAGACUCCCGGAGCAGGUGUGGACGUGUCUCCUGCUCUCGGACUCACUGCUGAAGAGAUCAACAGGCUGAACUCACGGCCACGCACGUCCAGCCUAGUGUCGACACUGGACGCGGUGUCGAGCAGUAGCGGUAGAGGAGGCGGUCAGGCCGCGGCACACCGGCACACCACCGGUGCGGAUCACCACAGCUCCACUUCCACCGACGAGAGCGGCAACGACUCCUUCACCUGCUCCGAAAUAGAGUACGACAACGGUAGUGUCACCGGUGAGAAGUUGAGUGAUGUCAUAUUUACCAAACUGAGUGCGGACGAAGAGACUAGAGGAAGGACCAGUGACAGUGGUACGCCCAAUAAACCACCCCUCCCACCCACGUAUGACGGGUUCGACUCGUCGUUCCGAGGUUCGCUGAGUACGUUAGUGGCUUCGGACGACGACCUGUCACACGUCGGUGGUCCCUUGUACAGGCCCAACAACGGCUCACCCUCCGCGAUUCCAGCGGCUUUAGGCUGGGAUUAUUUAUUAAAUUGGGGACCUAAUUUUGAAAGUUUAGUUGGUGUUUUUAAAGACAUUGCGGAACUUCCAGAUUCGGUAAAUGGAAGAGUUCCGGCAUCGUUAAGGUUGCCCAACGGUUCGGCAAAACCUUCGGAAGAAUACGUCUAACGUAUAGGUUAAGCUUUACAGUACAAUAUACGAGCUAAAUUAAAUGUACAGAAUUCCAUUAAAAUACUCGUAAUAAAGACUGUUUAUAAAAUUGUAAAUUCUUCGAUAUGUGAAUUUACCUUAGUCUGUAAUUAUGUGCUAUCGUUUGAAUCGCUCGAAAUCCGGUUCAGACACGUUCAGGGAUUCACAAAUACAAAUUAGUCAUUUAAUUGAGUUUACACGUUGCCAUCACGGUAUUGUCAUGAAUGUACAGUACAUCUUAAUGUGACGCUUAUGUAAUUGCCAUGUGUAUACAAUCUAAAUCCUUUAGUGUAAAUGAACCGUUUUAUAGAGAAAAUCUGCUCAAUAAAACAUCGACAUAAAUAUAUAUAUACAAUGCCAUAUACGUUAUGUAAAUUUUAAUGUAAUCGAUAAGUAUUAUUUGUAAAUUAAUUUUAUAAAUCGACUGUAAAUAGUUGUUAAAAUAUUAAAGUAUGGAUGAAUGUGAUAUGCUGUACGGUCUGUUAACAUCUUAGCCAUACACAGUAGUGCCAAAUAUGUUGUGUUGACUGUUUACCUUACAAAUGUGUGAUUGCCAGUUUGACUGAUGAGUGUUUGUAAUAAAAUCUAUUGAUUAUAAAA